CUCCUGGGCUGCCCUCCUCAGCUGGGGGUCCUACCUUGCUCAGCACACGGACCUCUGGUAAGUGUGGCUAGGAUUUUGCUCCAUCAGGUCUUCUGGCCAUCGAAUGCAGCAUCCGUUUGCCUCAGUCCCAGUUCCUGGCAAACAUCUUCCGAAUCAGACAAGCGCUUUCUCUCCCGGAGAAGCCCUGCCAGUCAGGGCACACAAUACUGGCCUUGAAGCACCUACGUUGGACUCAGAAGAAAUGCACCGAGAGAUAAAGUACAGCAGGUCUCUGUAUUCAUGGAACUUGGUCUCUUUCCCCUUGACUGGCUGACUGCAAAGCUGGAUGCAAAAAACUGCAUGAACAGAAUGUGGCUCUUGGCCAUUGUGAAUUUUGAAAUGACUUUUGCAACAGGAGAAUGGCUUUUUAAACAACUGAGUGAUGAUAUUGUGUGCAGGUUUAAUUAUUUGUAUAAGAAAACUGAAUGGAGGUGCGCAUUGAGACAAAGGGUGGCUAAAUGUAAGAUACGGCGAGCAACUGGCUUUUCAAAUCAUGUUUGUGAACAUGCAUUGCGCCAAUACAUUUUUAUCGCAUUAGCAAUACUUCCUUUUUGCCAUGGUCAGGAUGUGCAGAUACAGGUAUUUUCCCAGAUUCUAGAUUGAAAAAAGUAUUCUUGUCAAGGGUAAAGAAAAUUAAACAAAACGCGAAAGGACAGAAUUAUUUUUUCGAUAAGACAGUGUUCGGCUGUUCCGAAAGCAACCUUCUUUCGUUGAAAUUAUCUUUCGCGGCCAUCAGAGCCAGAACAAGGGUUGUGCUUUGCAACCGUCAUUCUGAGAGCUAAAACUUCGUACUGGUGAAAGGAAUUGCGCUCCAAGUCCACAUGGUAUUUCAGUUCAAAGCAUGGCUUCUGGAAAUGACCAUGCGUGAGCGCACGCACGUUUUGGGGGGCUUUUGGAGGGUAGGAAUUAAAAUACGACAUUCAGGAAUGCCAGCAAGAAUGGCACGCAGGCCAGAACGGCGACUCUGCUGGGACGGAUUGGAAGGCAGCUGCCCACAGCGCCAAAAGCUGCUGCUGCUGCAGUGGCGAUGAUUUGGGAAGGGCCAGUCUGGCUGGGAGAAAAGAGCGUGGAAAGUGUGCGGGGCAGAGCAAGCAGUCAGUCACUUUCGGGAAGGAGGAGUCACCCCACAACAGUGGAGGCUGGUGCGGCACUGCAAGAGGUUGGCCCAAAGGGUCAGGUAUCGUGAGUGGUGGGGCAGGCAAGAGUCCCGGAGCAUCCGUGGGAGGCUCAAGGGGGAAAGAUGGGCUGGCAGGUGAACAGCCCCCGGUUUACUGGGCGUCCCUCGUAUGGAAAAGCACCCACGGUGGUGUGCUGUGGGUUGUCAACUCACCCAUUAUGUGGGAUGCAGCGAGCCCUUGGAAGGAAACAUGGAGAACGCUCGGAUCCAAUGGCUUGAUUUACUUUAGUCACUUUGCCUUUUAGGGAAAGGAACACUUCCUUAUGGAAAUAUAUGCUCCCAGGUGUAAUAUUUGUCACUUUUCUUGCAGGUUCUGAGCCCACGAAAAAUGGAAGCCUCACAUCUCCACCCAUGACAGGUAGAACACACACCACUAUGAUAUCAUGACAGCGACAUUAUUUUAAAAAUUGGCUCCUGUAGCUUAUCCCGUAACAAAACCCCUGGUGUGAUUCUGGAGUAGAAGAAACAGAAUUAAAACGCUGCUUUUCUUCUUUGCAGAAUCCAGUAUUAGUUGGAUUAGUUCCUUUCAUCACUGUGAAGUGCAGUUCAGCAUGAUAAGGUCCCUCUCUGCAGAUUGAGAGAGAGAGGCAGAGAGAGAGAGAGAGAGAGAGAGAGAGAGAGGAAACCAGAAACCCAUUUUGGAGGGUUGUUCCAACACAGCUAAAUUCACUGUGACCAAAAGCCUCCAGACCAGCCACUUCCACUUCCAUCGGAUGCUGGGUUUGCCAUGACUCUUCUUCAGCUGCGUUUGCACGGAGGUGUGAACCCCAGCGGCUUCAAAAACAGGACAUUGAAUGGGGUCUGAGGGAAGAAGGGGAGAGGAGCCGAAACAGAGGAAUGAGUCUGAAACGGGGAAGCAUCAGAAAAAUGUAUUAAUUUAGGCACUGGUUUAAGGCAGCUUGUGGCAGGUUAAAAUGCAUACUAAUCAACACAGGUGACUAUGACUCAUGCACCUUCCUAGAGGUGAACUGAUGGGAACAGGGAGGGCCCCCAGCGCGAAGGGCUUUGUAAAACGGUGUGGUUUGCAAACCCCCCAGCGUGUGAAUGUGCUUUGGCUUUGUCUCCCCGCCUGUGGCUCAGCGACUGAGGUGCAGGGGAUCAGCGUGGUUUUCUCCACCUCCGGCGUGGCGCUGCUCUCCUCCCUGCCCCUUCAUGCCCUCCUCUUCCUCAUUUGCCCAGGUCGCUCUCCGCUGGCGACCCCCACAGGCCAGCGUUGGGGGACGGGGCUCCCCACCACCGCUCCCCCUGCGGAAGACAAGUCUGCGCUCACGGUGGCAGCUUUGGGUGUGAUCAUCUUCAUCGCCAUCCUGCUGGCGGUUGUGAUCGUCCUGGUCAGCGUGGUCAGCCUGCGGUUCAGAUGCCGUCGCUGCAAGGAGGCGGAAGAUAAACAGAAACCUCAGCAUCCAGUAAUAUCCUUUAGCUACUCAGAUGCCGACACCGCAGCUAACAGGAAGAGCGUCUUGCUGCUGUCCAUGAAGGAGUUAAGCGACAGCAACAGUAUUGUGAAGGCAAAGGUUGCGGAUGAAGAAUGAGGAAACGCCACAGCAUUGCAAUGCUAUUUGAGUCGUGGUGUGUGUGUGUCUGCGUGUGUGUGUGUGGGAAAACACAGUAAUUUCUGCUUGUAUCUGGGAUGUAAAAUAGGAAUCUGGCUUGUGUUAUUUCCUCUGGGCCACACAGUUCCCCAUGGCCGAAGGCUCCAGGAUCCCUCCCAGAGGUGGAGGUUACGGACCGGAUUGCAUGUCAUAAUAAACCCUGCCGCGGGUCAGCCACGACGGCUGCCUGUUCGCUCACCGAAGCGUCUUCUGAACGACACUCAGGAGUUCCGUGACUUUCUGCACCGAGGUCGGAUGUUGCGGCAAGCCACAGCGAGGCGAGGAAGGCUCGCGACCCCCGCGGCCUGGUUGAGCGGGGCCAGUGACAGUUCCCGACCUGGGACUUGCUGAACGCAUGUGCCCUUCCAACCCCGGUCUUCAGCUGGCCAGGACAAUGAAGGGGCGUUCGGAGGCCGGCUUCCCCCUUUCUGCAGGACCCCAUGGCGACCUCUCGCGAAGAGCUGGAUGGUGGUGCCGAACGGGGAGAGCUCGGUGAAGGGAAUGGGUUGCUGCUGGCCGCUCCUCCCAGCCCUGUUCUGUGUGCCCUCCUCUGGAUCUAGCUUGAAAUUCGCAAUUUUUUAAAGCAGCACGGUUCUGGCUGACUUCAUCCCUCCCCUGGCAGACUGCUGUUCAGCCCUGCUUCCUCCCGAGGAACAGAGAAGUCUAUUUCCUGCACCACGCAGAUCUUUUGUGGGGCUUGCAUAGAGCGCGCUCCACCUGCUCAUGGGGGCUGGAGAACAACGAUCACCGCCCGAACAGGUGCGUCAGAGACGGGAUUCACAAUGGUACUUAGCGUUUCAUCUUUUUCUUCUAAAUCAAGUUAUUCUGCCUGUUACAUUCUGACCUGCCACAAAUAUGCAGCAGCCGCUGCCCCCAGUAACCUAAUCUUGUCAGGUGAGAUUUUUCCAGUUACAUCUGCCAAGAGGAGUUCUGGGCUUGUUGUUGGCUUUGACUGUCCUGUGUGAGUCUGGAUUCUUACCUCGCCUUUCAAGAAGGCUUGCCCAAGGGGCAGCUUAGCAAAGCUGUAAAGCCAAAACAGACUGAGAUCUUCCUCAUUCACAAUAUUUUGGCCUGGCUUCCCAUCACCCCGUUUCAGCAGCAAAAGCAGGACAGGAGUCUUUUGUGAUUACUAAUGUAUUCCGUCUUUCAACAAGAAAGGCAUGAUUUUAAUAUUACUUAACAAUAUGUUAAAAAUUAGCCAAGUAGUCUUCAGUGUUAAUACAGUUAUACAAUUUUACUGAUUAAAUAUGCAAGCACUCUUGUUUGGUAAACUUC